CUGAAAAAAGGAAAGAGUCAGAGAGGAGGGUCACCAAGCGUCCAGGAAACGACUACCAAACUCAGAGGCUCGUACAGAGGAGGCGGGGAGCAGUUAGUUGUUGGAAAAGCUGACAGGCGAACAAGUCAGAGGGGAGGGGAAAAGUAAAGAGGUGGCUGCCUUGACUCUGCUUUGGUCAUUGAAGGCCUCAUGCAGUUUCACAGCAGCAGCUUUGUUCCAUUUUUAUCUUCCUGACACUCGCUGAUUUUCACCAGAGCUCACCAAGAGCCCAGGAGGGAGGGAAAUAAAGGAGUAUAUCACAGGAGGGGGGGAACACAAAGGAAAGAAAACAUGAUGACCCAGGAACAGUGCUCUCAUAGGAACAAUGUCCAGAGUUCAGAGAAACCACAAGUGUACAAAGUGGGAAUAUACGGCUGGAGGAAACGCUGCCUUUACUUCUUCGUCCUGCUAUUAAUGAUCCUGAUCCUGAUCAACUUGGCUCUAACCAUCUGGAUCCUCAAAGUCAUGAACUUCACCAUUGAUGGAAUGGGCAACCUGAGAAUAACAGAAAAGGGCCUAAAACUAGAGGGAGACUCCGAGUUCCUCCAACCCCUCUAUGCCAAAGAAAUCCGGUCCAGUCCAGGCCGAUCGCUGUUCCUACAGUCAUCCAGAAACGUCUCGGUCAAUAUCGUGAACAGCAACAACCAGCUGCUCACGCAGCUCGUCACAGGAUCCAGCGGAUUUAAAGCACGGGGGAAGAUGUUUGAAGUGAAAUCCACCUCCGGGAAGCUGCUUUUCUCGGCGGACGAGCAGGAGGUGGUGGUGGGUGCAGAAAGGCUCCGAGUGAUGGGGGCUGAAGGAGCAGUGUUCAGCAAAUCCGUGGAAACACCACACGUCAGGGCCGAGCCGUUCAAGGAGCUACGAUUGGAGUCUCCCACUCGCUCUUUACUGAUGGAGGCACCGAAAGGAAUCCAGAUCCUGGCUGAGGCUGGAGACAUCCAAGCCAUCUGCAGAAACGAGCUACGGCUGGAGUCCAAAGAUGGAGAGAUUGCUCUGGAUGCUCAGAGGAUUCGUCUUAUGAGGCUGCCAGAGGGAAAAGCCUCCACCAGUUCCUCGUCCUCUGGAACUAGGCAGACAGUCUAUGAAGUUUGUGUUUGUCCUAAUGGGAGACUUUUCCUGUCCCUGGCUGGCGCCGGAUCCACCUGUCAGAUCAGCAACAAUGUCUGCCUCUAGAACUGCUACUCUAGGAUUUUGUAUAACUAUAAAUAAGAUAUUGGGGGGGGGGACAUGCAGAGCAGGUCAAUUUCCCUGCAUCUAGGACUGAUCCACGGCUAAAACAGAGACUGCAAGAGCCAAUGGACAAACAAAUCAGCAUCAUUUUCAAUCAAAACUUUAACCUUAUGUUCAACUGAUGUGUUUAAAACGUUAAUAAGGACAAGUUUGCUUAAGGUCUCUGACAGGUGCCAACAUUUCUUUGUGAAAAUAUAUAUUUUUCCCUCACUUCUACAAGAUUCAAAAUGCUACAAGUUUUAACAAAUUUUUAAUACAGUUGGACAGAUUGGCAGGUUUUGCUCUCUUGUGUUUAAAAAAAUGACAAAUCAGAGACAACAAAUAAUAAGGUUGAUGUUUGUUAUGUACUGGCUUGACUUUAAUUAAUUCACAUGACAAAGCUAUUUAUUAAAAAUAAAAGGACAUAUUAGAAAGAAAAAAAAAACACCUUAAUAUAACACUAGACAGUAUUUUGUCCUUGCAGACAUAAAGAGGUGAAUUCUUUGGAGAUUUACCAUAAAGACACUGAUUUCUUCCUCUGGUCCAUAAAGCAUGUCAGUGCUAGAAUCACUAGGGUGAUCACCCAUGACAACAGGCCUACUUUUCUAUUUUUUUCAUUCUGUUUUUUUGUCUAGAUCACUACAACUCAGACAGUUAAACUGUAUUCAUAGUAUUCAUAAGGUAAUUAACUCCAAGUGUGAGCAUAUCUAAGUCUAAUGAUUACUAUUUUUAUCUCAACCUGAGGUCUUUGAACACAGAAGCUUGGACAUGAUUGAGGUGAAAAUGCAUUCUAGUGGUUUUCUACAGUAUCCUGGGAACUUAACAUACUGAAAUUUUAAAAUACUAAGACAUGAAAUGGAAAUUUACAAUCCGUUCUCCAUUCUUAUUUGUUUCAUGGUGACACUUGGCUCGGAUUUCCACAUUAAUGUUCAGAUCUGCACCAAAAUCCCUAGAAAUGUUCCCACUCUAACCCCACACAGGAAUUCAGAACAAUAUUUUGUGAGCAUUACUUAAUUUCUUCACAGUGCCCCCUAGAAAGGAAGAUAAUUAAAAAAGAUUGGCCCCAAGCCAUGCUCAUAACAAUUACCAUAAAGGAUUUUGGAGCCAUGGUGUUAACCCCAUCAGAUGCCACCCAUUUUGAAUCAUGCAUUGCCCUGAUGGAAAAAAUGACAGUUUCAAGAAUAUUUGAUAAAAAUCAGAAGUCUUUCCAAAUGAGGAGGAUCUUGUUAUUAAGUUAAGUAAUUUUUUUAGUUCAUUGUUGAAAACUAACCUGUUUAGGGUUUACAUCAAGACGAUAACCAUCCCAUAAGUAUAGAACAUCUCAAUAUAAAUGAAAUUAUUGGUCUACUUGCUGGCUCGCCAAAAUUUGGUGUCUUAUGGAAACACUUGGUGAUUUUGCAGUUUGGCUUUGUUUUUGCCAAACACUUGUAUAUUUAUU